CGUCAGCUAGCCAGACAACCUAAUGGCCGCCUGGUCUGCUGAGUGAGUUUUGUAAAUAUUGAAAAUGUAUGGAGGGAUGGAAUCAGGCGGCCCUCUUUUUAUAUCAGAUCGUUAUUUUGUAUCAAGAACAUCAUAAUUUUUUUGACUAUUUAUAGAAGAUUUAUUUAUUAUUUAAGGUAAAGUAAAUAAAAUCAUGGAUGACAUCAAGGCAGGUGAAGAUGAAAUGGAUGUUGGAGACUCCGAAGAUGCAGAAGAAGAUGAAGAGGAGGAGGAAGAGCUGUCCUCUCCUCUGGGAGAUCACAGGAGUCUCAUGAUGGCUUUAGCUUCUACCAAUGCACUACCUUAUGAAGGCCUGGCGUCUCCGUUGAGGUUGACAACAAGCACAGGAAAACCUCUAAAUCUGAAGAGAGGAAGGGGCAGACCAGCGGGUAGAGCAGAACCCAAAGUUAAGAAACCUUUAGGUCUCAAGCUGAAAAGGUGGAAAACGGGUGUGUACAUGCCGUCAGACAAGUCUCCGCGGCACUCGCUAGACGGUGACGAUGGAGCUAGUGACCGCAGCCCUGCACACAGUUCUGAACCUUCUACACCUGCGUCCGCCACUCCUCACUCUGAAGACAAGCUGUUUGCUCCACCUCCACCUGAGGAGACAUCCCCCUACUUCACUGAAACGUGGCCAGGUAAAGUUUGCGUGCUAUGCAACCUGAGCGAACGCUCUCAGUUAGGCCAGGGGGAGAUGUUGAGGCUGGCCUGUCAAGAGGGAUUUGUGCCCCAGCGUCCUCUCUCUGACUCCCCUGGCUUCAUCUCGCCAUCAGCUGAGCCGGAGGAGCAAGCGGGACCUGACAAAUCUCCACGUGCACCUGCUCUGUCGUGUCGCCGCCAGAAAAACUGGGCAAAAUGCAGAAACGUGGUGCUGAGUGGGCAGGAACCUCUUGAUGAGCUGAGUAUUGUGGGUUACACAGAGGAACCAGAUUUAGUCAAUUUGUUUGAAAACGCAGUCAGUCAAUGGCAUGUUUAUAUCCACGAGAAUUGUGCCCUUUGGAGUCUUGGUGUCAGUCGCCCUACUGAUGCUGAUUUCCAGACAAUCGGACAGAUUGUUGUGUCUGCGUGUAUGCGUAAGUGCUCUUACUGCGGGCGGCUAGGAGCGAGUGUUGCAUGCACAUUCAACAACUGUCAACGUUCUCUGCACCAUCCUUGUGCAGCAGCUUCGGGUGCCUUUCAGGAUUCCAAAAGUUACAGUCUCGUUUGUAAUUUACAUUUGGACCAAGUUUCACUAAUGCCUGGGCUAGGAGAUGUAACGUGCAUGAGUUGUUUUUCUCUCGGAGAUGUAAGGAACUUGACUAUGUGCUCCAUGUGCGGAAACCAUUACCAUGGGGGUUGUGUGGGUUUGGCAUUACCACCAGGAGUGAGAGCAGGAUGGCAGUGCCAGGAUUGUCGAAUAUGUCAGAUUUGUCGACAGCCAGAAGACACCAAGGUGAUGCUGUGUGAGACGUGUGAUAAGGCAUAUCAUCCCCACUGUUUGAGACCUAUAGUAGCGACCAUACCUAAGUACGGCUGGAAGUGCAAGUGUUGUCGCGUGUGCAGUGACUGUGGCUCGCGUACGCCUGGUGCAGGGCAGAGCUCGCGAUGGCAUGCCCACUACACUGUAUGUGAUUCGUGUUACCAACAACGCAACAAAGGGUUCAGUUGUCCCCUUUGUAGGCGGGCCUACCGAGCAGCUGCUUACAGGGAAAUGGUACAAUGCAACAAAUGCAAGAAGUUUGUGCAUGGCACCUGUGAUCCUGAUGCAGAUUUAGUGACAUACCAACAACGUAAAGAAGCAAGUCCAGAAUAUCAGUAUAUCUGUCUCAAUUGUAAAAAUGAACCUAAGAAACGCAAGGACAGCAUUGAUGAUUUCUGUAUGGAUUCUAGUAUGAGUGCGUCCCAAGAAUCUUUAGUUCUGGAUGAAUUUGACUUUGAUUGUGAAAAGGAGGGUUAUGGAAUGGGCAAAGGAAAACCGUUCUGUGCUAGCAAAAUUGCAAAGAAGAAGCUGGGUCUUGGUUACCCAGGACCUGGUCGUCCUGGCAAAUUUGGCAAGAUGUCUGGAAUAACUUCUGCCCUUAUGAUGAAUUACCAAAAGAAGCAACAACGUUUUAAUGAAUUUGGGCGAAAAAGAAUGCCUAAAGCCAAAAUGAGAGGUAUUUUUGGAGUACCAGGUCUGGGUUUGCAGAAACCACAGGCGGAUGCUACCAAAGACAAGAACCAAGAUGAUGACACCAGUGAGAACAAACUGGUUUUGUGCUCAGCCAAAGACAAAUUCGUGCUGACUCAGGACAUGUGUGUUAUGUGUGGCGCCCUAGGGACUGACCAGGAGGGCUGCCUCAUUGCUUGCGUCCAGUGUGGACAGUGUUACCACCCGUAUUGUGCUUCUGUAAAGGUGACCAAAGUAAUACUCCAGAAGGGAUGGCGCUGUCUGGACUGCACUGUGUGUGAAGGUUGCGGCCAGAGGAAUGAUGAAGCCAGACUCCUGUUGUGUGACGACUGCGACAUCUCUUACCAUAUCUACUGUAUGAACCCACCUCUCACCUAUGUGCCUAGGGAAACUUGGAAAUGCAAAUGGUGUGCUCAGUGCCUAACUUGUGGAGCCAGCGAACCAGGAGUUAAUUGUUCUUGGCUCAAGAACUACACAGAGUGUGGACCAUGUGGCUCAAGAAACAACUGUCCUUCUUGUAACCAAGCAUAUGUAGAUGGAGAAUUAAUUAUAAAGUGUAUUCAAUGUGAAAGGUGGAUCCAUUGUAUGUGCGACAACAUUCAGACUGAGGAAGAGGCUGAGAUGUGUGCAGAGGAUGGUUACCGUUGUAUGAUGUGUCGUCCAAAAGAUGUUAAACUGCCACACUUACUGGCUGGUCCACUGAAUAGAUCUUCAUCCACUCCUACUAGAUCUAAUAGCCCUGAGUUCACAAAGAGCAAUGAAGGUGACUUUUACAUGAUGGAUGGAGUGAGACUAUCUGAGAAUGGUAUGUACCAGAUCCGAUCUCUCACUAUGGAGCAGCAGAUCCAGCCGCGGAAACGAAAGCCUAAUGCCAAGCGUCAUGGUAGCUCUGCAGACAUCUUGGCCACCAUAGAGUCUGUCAUCGCCGGCGGCAACUCAGGCUAUACAGCAGACGAUUGCAAUGAUCCAGACGAAGACACAGUGGAGGAGAAGGUUUACCGAGAGGGGAUGCCAGUGUUCCCCAGAGCUGAUGGAAGGCCUCCUGAGCCUCCUGAGGGCUUCACUAUCUAUACCACCGAAUCUGGGGCCAUGGUAUUGCGUAGAAAAAGAGUUCGUAACCUUCAGAAGCUAGGUAUCGGAGGGUUUAAUGCAAGACUACGCCAGACAAGAUGCAAGGACCGUGAGGAAAUUUGUGAUGGAGAGACCAUGACAGAGCCUCCAACCAUGAUGAUGGAGGACAAACCCAGGAGAAAGCCUCAGAGACGGAAACCAAAAAACAAGCUGGCCGAAAACUACCCUUCUUACCUCCAAGAAGCAUUCUUUGGUCGAGACUUGUUGGAUACCAGCAAAACUACUGGACAAGAUCUCAAUAGCAGUAGUGACGAGGCAGAAGAUAAGGUCUCCACUGAUAAAACAAUUACACUGUCACAAGAUGAACUCAAGGUCUUGGAUCAGAUGAAAGUAAAACAAGAAGAGCAAGAGAAGAAAACCACAGAAAAAGCUGCAUCACAUAAGGAGGAAGAUUCAGGAAGCGAUGCUGAAGCUCUAAAGGACAUCCUUCGUCUACCUGACAACUUGUUGGAUACUGAUCUCGUCAACACUAUCAUGACUGAGACAGAUGGAGACAUCAAGAGUGAAGAAAAUCUCAUGACAGAGUCAACAAUGAAUGAUGGGAGGGGCGCAGCUACCACCUCUAGCAAAGAUGAGCUCAGUGAUAUCCUGGGCCCUCAUUUCAACCUUGUCAACAUGGUACGCCAGACAGGAUUGCCCAAUAUGGAUUGCAAGGAUGUUGAAGAGAUAUUCAAAGGAGUGUUGACAGAUGAUAGCCAACCAAGCACAGAAUACACACAGCCGGCAACCAACCUCAUCCAGCCUGGCCCUCCACCUCCGACACCAUCUGUUAUCCAGAGCAGGCCUGCAAUGCCGCAUCCCAGCAUGUCUUCUCCAAUUACCUUUCCAGGAGCUUCUCCUUAUCAUUCUGAGUAUAGCAGCCCUCAGUUCAGUCCAGUAUUCCAAGAGGUUCCAGUCUGGGGAGAGGAGCAAGUGGAGUUCACACAACAGAAUCUACUCUGCAUGGAAGCAGAUGAGACAUUGGGCCCUGCCUCAACCAUUGCUGCUAUUCUGUAUGCAAAUAUUAUGCAUCCAGAGUGGAAAAAGGAAUUUCCCUCCUUUGGUGAUCGCUUCAAGCAUAUAUUAAAGGCAUGGCGAAGUUUAACCCAAGAGCAAAGGUUACCCUAUCUUCAACAAGCUAGAGAGAAUAAGACGAAUCUAAGGAUUAAGAAAACUCAGAUUGUGAAGGAAACCCCUGCGAAUUCAGCCGUCACUGCAAGCAGUUCUCCGAAAGGAACAGAGCAGGAGCAGGAGAAGCUCCAGCAAGCCAAGACAGUUCGGGAGGCAGAGCAGGAACGCCAAUGGAAGCAGCUUCAAGCGCUUAGGCAGCAGCAGGCCCAACAACAACAACAGAUGAUGACGGAUCAGAGGGUUCAAGCUACGCAAAGAGUUCGGCAGUUGACGACAGAGCAGGUGGUUAACUUACCAGCUGAGGGCCAGACUCAGCUACAGGCUCAAGUGGGUUCUCCAGUCCAGGUGACAAGAAUGGUGACACCCGGGUGUAUCCCGGGCUACCCUAGGUUCCCCCACUCUGCCCAGCGUGCCAUCAACCCAGAGAUGAGCAGGCAACUACGGGAUUUGCUCCAGAGACAACAGAUCAAGACCAAGCUGGAAACCGAGCGUCCAUGGGGUCAAGAUGAGCAAGGCAUCGUGUCACCUGUGGUGAGUGACACUCCCACUCUUCUCUCACCGGCUAGCAACCAAUCCCAGGGCUUCGAUACUGCUGCCCCGGCCACUUUCCGACAUCCUCUGCCUCCUUCACUUCGGCCCGGGGGAAGGCUCCCCUUACCACCCCAAGGAGGCAUGAUCAUUCGAACAGGGACACCCAGGAUGCCUACUGCGAUAGACCCUAGAGUCCAGGGAGUGGAUGCCAGAGUGCGCCUGUUGCUGCAGCAGAGACCAGGUUUCCAACCAACGCAGAUGAUGAGGUUAGCCACCCCAAGGAACUCCCUCGACCCUUACGAUCAUUUGGUACAACGUCCUCCAUUUCCAGAUGGCAGUGGUAUAAGACAGCCAGGAGAUGCAAGCAGAUUGGCACCCACACCUCCUUCAGACACACAAAGACUUGCUGAGGGAGGUUUCAGCAAGGCUCCAGCAGGAGAUACCAGGGAAGAGAUUCCUGAAAGUGUAACAGCAGAGCUAGAGAAGCUGGAGCAGGAAGAAGGAGGCCCAGGACUGGUGGAAGUGGAGGGAGUUAAUGCCAUCCUAGGUGACCUGGUUGAAGAUGACGAUGAAUUGCUGGCUGAGAUGGGCGCUGACUUCAACAUUUUAGAAUACGCUGAUCCAGAAUUGGACAAAGUUGGUGGAGGUGAAAAGACAAACAUAUUUGAUGUUGAAGAAUUCGAGGAGGAGGACUCGAAGAAAGAGACUGUAGCUAACACAAGAACGGAGAAAAAAGAGACGGUAGCAGAAUUGAAGCCAGGAGCUAACCAAACACAACCGGAUAAGGCAACAAGUCAACCUGUCGAACCGACUGGUGCCAAAAAUUUAACUGUAACACCACCAGAACCUCAGAUUACCACGUCAACUGCACAGCCAACCAGUUCACAACCUGCAAGUGCAGGACUGCUCGGACAGCCCCCAGGUGGUGUGGCAGGAGUCAGCUUCCCUCCCACCUUCCCAGCCACCGUGCCUCAGCAAGCCCUUCCUAGGAUGCAGCAUGUUGGCCAAGUGGUAACUCAGCAGCAAAGAUUACAGCAGUUGCAAAGGUUGGGGGCCGUAGGGGCUGUAGGAGCCCCGAGGACUCCGGGGCCCUCACCUCUCACACUGCAGGCACCACCGAGGUUGCCCCCGCCUUAUCCUGGGCCUCCACCUCCAUACCCUGGCGCUGUACAACAGGAGCAGCCGCUAUUGUUGGAAGAUCUGCUUGAGCAAGAAAAGCGGGAACAGGAAAAGCAACAGGCUGGUGCAGGAGCAGUUGUUGGUGCAGUGUCAGUGCCUGGCACUUCCGAGGCACCGGCACCACAAUCCACAUCGCUCACAGCACUCAGCGAUGCUGACUUUGAGCGCAUCAGGGCUGACCUUCUCGGUACUCCUCAGGCAGGUGUGGUGGCUUCCCCUCCGCACCCUGUACCUGGCCCAGGGAUGAUGGGGACACGACCUCCGUAUCGUCCACCUUCCCAGUCCCCUCAGUGGCAACAGGCUCCUCCCACACCGAGAACGAUCACACCUCCAGAACCUGCAGCAUUGCGGAUGCCUCUGUUCAACGUGAUGCCAUCCCCACCCCCUCCCCCUGAAGUGAUUGUGACGGAGGAUGAUCGUCGAGCCCAGCUAGCCUAUGAGAACUGGCUCAACAGUCAGAACCAUGCAGUGACCCAGCAGCUCAAGUACUGCGAGACUGAGGUGCAAAAGUUACGCAAACUACGCAAGAGCCUGAACAGCAAGCAACGUCAGCUGCGGAAGAAUGGCAAUGAGCUGGCAGAGAAUGAUGCCUUGGAGCUGCAAAGAGUAACUACGGAGCAACAAGGAUUACAGAAGCAACUGGAUUCCUUCAGGAAACAAUCACGCCAACACAGCAUUCUCAUACAGGAAUACAGGCAGAAGCAACAGGCCAAGGGUCGUAGCACAGGAACAGGUUUACACUCAUCUCCAUCGGGGUCCUCCCCACAGUCUCCUGGGGGUCUCCAAUUGAGCAGCCCAGGCCCUGGACCCCUAAACAGCAGCAUGAGUCCUUUACAACAGAGUCCUGGAAUAGCCACCCCUCACUCUCAGCAGGGUGAUGAGAACCCGUUCAGCCCAGGAACCCCAUCACCCAGGCCACCUGCCCCACCCUCAACCCCCCGCCCAGCUGUAGUGAGCAGUCCGGGAGCAGGGGCCUUCUCACCGCAAGAGCAGCCACCUGUUAGACAUGCAGUCCUGGCUGGGAUGUCUGCGAGGUUUGUGCGGUCACCAGAAGCUUCAAAUCGACCUAGGGUGAUGUUGCCCACCCAGUACCAACCCUCACCCCGCCCUGUCCCACCUUCUGAAAAACUGCGUAUGUUCACUCCUCAACAACAGCAACAACUCUUGCUGCAACGACAACAACAUAGACAGGUCUUGCUACAACAACAACAGGAGUUAAACCAGGAGGCAGGAGGAUUGACAGCUCAACAAAGACAGCUUCAGAUUGCUCAGCAGCGCCAAGCCUUGCAGCAACAACAAGAGAUAUUACAACAGCAGAUGAGUGAGCCCAACUUGAGUCCACAACAAAGACAGCAGCUGCAGCUGCAGAGUAGAGCAGUGCUGCAGCAAAUGGCUGAGUUGCCAGAUCGAACUCAGCGAGUAGUAGAGGGUACUGAUAUUGCAAGGCAACAUCAACUACAACUUCUUCAACGCCAGCAGCAGCAAUACAAUAGACAACAGAUGUUGUUAAAUCAGCAAGGAAAGACUGGUCAGAUUCAACAACAGUUUAGACAACAAAAUCCACAGCAGAGCCCAUCUAGAAGCCCCAUGGGACAAUUUGGUCAGACUUCUCCAAUGCCUCAGCAUUUUGCAGGAACUCCUACUUCACCCAUGCCUCCUCAAAGUCCUAUUCAAGGACAAUUCACGGGAAGUUCACCAAUGCAUCCACAAAGUCCAAUGAUAUCCCAGCAUCAACCUAACUCUUCUCCUAUUUUACCACAAAGUCCAAUGCAAAAUCAGACACAAUUCCAACAAAAUACAACUUCACCACACCCACAAAGUCCAAUGGUCCAACAGUACACUAAUCAAACACCAAAUUCUCCUAUACACCCUUUGAGUCCACGGGUUCAACAAAAUUUUACCAAUCAGCCACAGAGUCCUAUUACAACACCUCAGUCUCCAAUGAUACAAUCUCAAAAUUUUCAUCAAACUCCAAAUUCACCAAUGACACACCAUUUUAAUCAACCAAGCUCCCCAAGACCUCCUCAGAGCCCAAGAGUACAGUCUCAGUUUCAGCACCCAACUUCACCCAUGGGAGCUCCCCAGAGUCCGCAUAUUCAGCAAAGUCAAUUUGUUCAUAGACCCAAUUCUCCAAUAAGAAGCCCAAUGCCACCCAUGUCACCAAUGCCUAUCAGAAGACCUUCUAGCACUGGAGGGAGUUCUCAAAUAGAUGGCCAGAUGAAUUUUGAGAAUCCUUCACCUCGAAUGGGGCAUGAGCAAGAAAUAAAUCAGGGUGGAGGAGGAGGAAAUCCUCACUUGAAUCCAAUCCCUGUACCUUCAGGUUUAUUUGGCAGGUGUGGCUACAUCAAAUUAGGGUUGAGAGGUGGUUCACCAAUGUGGGGCUCUGAACGACCACCUCCUAAAAGAACUUUGGCAGGGAAAGUGAUAAAAACUGCAGAUUAUGAAGAGGAUUUAUCAAGAAAUUCUUCUUCAACCUCAAAAUCACCUCAGAAGAAAACACAAAGUUUAGAAUCUCAGGAGAGUACUUCAAAAAAUGAUGACGAAUCAACAGUUUAUGAUGACAUUGUAUUGGUUGAAAAUGAAACAAAUUUGGAGGUAGAAGAGCUGCAAUCAUCUUUACAAGGAAAUGUGAUGACUAUGCCAAUGGUUAUUGAUGGAGGCCACUUACAGGUGACAGAAAUGAAUUUAGAAUCUGAAAAUGUUGGAGGUGUUUUAGAAGAUUGCUUAGUAUCAUCAACAAAUUUAGUUGUUCUUGAUGUUGAUCGUUCAGGAUCAGGUGAAGAAACUGACUGUUUGCUAGAAAUGGUUGACAAAGAUGAAUCAGAAUCAGUACAAGAAGACCUAUUGAUAGAUUUAGCAGAGGGUGAAUCUAAAGAAGAUGAAAGUGAUGUUAUAGAGAUGAUGGAAGAGAGCAUGUCACCUCCAACAGGACGAAAACGAUUAGUAGGAAAAGUUUUGCCAGGAGAAUCAUUAAAGAAACUUCAAGAAAAAAGGGAUAGCACAACUGAUACUCCAGAUUCUCCUGAUCAAGAAGAGGGCAAUAAUGACCAUUCACCUGAUGCCUUUACCUCAGAAACUGAUAAUGAAAUUGUUUCAACAACUUUUGAUGGCAAAACAGAGUCAGUUUCAACAACUACAUUGGAUCAAAAUAAAGAGGAUUUAAAAGAAAAACAUGAAAAUGUAAAGCAAGUAUUUCCAAUGGUUCUACCUACUAGUUCACAAAUUCCUCCUUCUAGUGCACAUCAAGCUAAUAUCGGUAUUCCUGGUUUAACAAGACCUACUGUUUCAUAUCCAACUUAUCCUAGAGGUGUGCCGAGACAUGUAUUCCCAAUUAGUAAGGCCGAUGGAAGAUCUGUUAUUGCCGUUCAACAAGCAACAGUUGCUAAUUUAGUCCAAGAUGCUGUUAAUGCAGCAAAGUUAGUAGCUGAAAAGAAGCAAUACUCUCAAAGUGUUUCUAUGGGACAGAACUUAAUUCCAACAUUGUUGUCUACUCCUUCAACUAAUUCAUCUAUCGGAAUUGUCAGUACAACAGGAACAACUUUAAUUGCUCCUCCAAGAAUGUCUGUUCCUUUCUUAUCCUCUGCUAGAAUCACUACAGGAUCAACUUCUUCAAAUACUCACUUCAUGCCUAUUAUUUCGCAAACAGGGGGUUUGUUAAAGAUUGAAGUGAUAAAUCAGAAAAUGGAAACAGGUGAUAAUGAUAAAAACGCUCAAAAACAAAAUUUGUCUGUUGCUGUUUCAAAGCAAACUUCAAUGCCUGAUAUUCCAGAAGGAUUUCAAAAACACUUAAUCGAUAGUGUUGCUCAGAAUUUGUCAAGACCUGAAGAAAUCCGAUGUAAAACUGAAAUAUCCUUGGGACCUCAUCCUUCAAAGGCUCAUAGCUACAGCAAGAUUUUGAUGUCCUCAAAUGAAAUGCAGUCAGUGAAACCGUCUGAUAUUCUUGAAGUAAAACGUUCUGAAGCCAUUACUCAAGGAGUCCAAAGUUUUAGUUCUGAUUUAGUUCGACAUACAGGAGUAAUUUGUAAUAAGAGCUCUGUCAGUGGUAGUCAGCAAUCCUCAGUAAUCACUCAGGUGAGUGUAAUCAAUGAAGGAAAAUCUGGGCAAGUGGAAGAAGCACCAAGUGGUUCAAGUAUACUAGAAGCUCAGUUAACUGCUUCCAGUCGAGAAGAUAUCCAGAUUCCUAGAAACCCUGCUGUUAGUUCUCCUUCUAAAACUUUAUUUUCCUUUUUAGAUCAAAUGAGAGACACUAAUAAAGAACCACAGUGUGGAAGUCUUAACCUUUCAGAUAUGUCAGUGACAUAUGAUGAUAAUAAAGUUCAUACUGAAGGUCUCACUUUAUAUCGAUCUAGUGAAAGCAUAAUGAGUCAAAGUAGUAUUUCACAAAUUUUAAAGCAAGGUAAUUCAGAUGUUAAGUUACCAGUUUCUGUCAUGACUCAUUUAACUGAAAAACAGGAUGAGUCAAGGGUAGUAUGUCAACCCUCUAUUCGACGAAUUGGUAACUUUUAUGUUCAUUCACAAAAUAUAAAGACUGAAGAGGGAGAAUCGUCCGAUCCUAAUCAAAGAGUACACCAAAAGAUUUUUUCCACUGAUCAAAUGCAAAGACCAAAACUGGAAAGUAGUCCUGUUAUAAAGUCGGAAAUUCGAGCCACUUCCAACAUCUCAGAACUGUUUCGACAAAAGCAACCUUUUUUUGAACAAAAACCUGUGAUAAGUCAACAUCAAGAAAUUGAACCUAUAAACUAUUCCUCAAGCUCAACUAUGACAAGUACGAAAACUGUCCCAACACGUUUAGGAGAAUUGAUAAGUGGAGGAACAAAUGUGCACGCUCAUAUUGAAAGGAGGCUUUCUAUAGCUGGACAAGCUGACAUGGAAUUGACAAAAAGUCAAUUUCAAAGUCAGUUACAAAUGGAAAACCUUCAACAGAAAACAAUCUCCAGUACUGACCACAGUUCUUCAUUUUUAAGUGGACUACAAAGGGAUAAUAAAGAUGGGUCCUCACAAUUUAUUCCACUCUCAUCAAUUUUGACUCCAAAAGUGGAACCUUCUAUAACACCAAGGAUUGCAGAUGAGUCACAAAAUGUAUUAUUAAAACAAUUACUACAGAACACAGCAUGUGCUACCACCAGUGCUACAGCUUCUACUGCAGUCAAUACAGUUGCAGUACCACAACCUGAGAGGGCUCAAGGCAUUCAACCAGAGACCAUAGUGUCUCUGCCGAGCCCUGUGCAGCCACCUCCACCUCCACCACCUAUACAACCACCAACCUCCAUAAAGACUCAACAGACUUCUCCAAUGCCAGAACCGAGGCGUUUAUCAACAGAUACACCAAGUUCUACAUUGGAUGAGCUGCUCUCCCCGUCAAGCCCUGUCAUCAAGCGUGAACCAUUACUCACACCUGCCCAGAUAAAAAGAGAGCCUAGUCUCCCUCAAUCUAACCCUCAGCUGCCUCAGCCCAUGGCCUCUCCUCUACCCAAGAGCUCCCCUGUCAUGGUAGAGGUCAAGAAAGAAGUGGUAUCCUCCGAUGAGAUGAUCUCUCCUGGAAUAAGAUCUAUGGAUCCCAUGGAAUCUGUCUCCAUGGACCACUCAUCAAAUAUGCCUGUUGAUCCUCAAGAUUUGAAGAAAUUAAAGCGCCGUCAGUAUCUACAGAAACGGCGCCAAAGUCAGGGUAAAGAUGGAUUAACUCCAAAAAAGCGACCAAGAAAGAGUUCAAAGGUGGAGGAAGAUUAUGACUCAUUCAUAGAUACACUGAUGGCCCAACUAAGGCAGACCCCAGCGAUGGCCGUGUUAGAGCCUUCUCUGGGUGGCAACUACACCGUUUGUCCUAUAUUUGGUGCUGGAGACCUCAGCAAAGUGCACCUCAAUUCACGUACGGGAGAGCUGAAAGGCAGCUAUGGCAAUGCUACCAUGUCCGAAAGUGAUUACUACAACACAGUGCCUUAUGGUGAACUGUUGCCACUGCCCCCUCAGGCCACCCCCUCUACUCAGCGGGGUUUCUAUAAUGAGGAAUUUUCACCCCUGCGCCUUGACACAUGCAAAGAUGAUUUUGAUGAUCGCAAGCACGAGUUAAACCGAGAGCGAGAGACUGACACCCCAGACACCAUUGUGAGCUCUUCCUCUCCAGAGUUGGUUAUACCUGAGCCUUUUAUAAGAUACCCAGGUUUGAGGCUGAUAGAAGAAGAAGACUCGGAAGAUGAAGAACGAAUGUUCCGAAAGUCUCCUGUAAUUCCAAUUGUAAUUCCAACUGCCAUCAAGCCUAAAGAUAAACUCUCUGGUGAAAUGGACAAGGAGAAUGCAUUCCGUGACAAUUCACAAAUAAAGACCCGUCUUUCGCCUUCCAUUCCUUUGAAGGAUUCAGCGAAUGUAACAGUGACCUUAACUUUAACAUCUGCUGCUGCUGAUGAUGUCUUGGGUGUUCUUCGGAAUUUGGCAAAUGUUCUUCGAAUACCAGCUCCCACAGCCUACCAUAUCACGGAACGGACUGUCACACCUCCCAGCCAUAAGCUGGGACUGUACCGCCCCAAAGGGAAAGAUGGAAAGGAGGGUGCUCCUGUUGACAUUCAGAGUAUUUUGAAUGGUGAGGCCAAGUUUUGUCGCCACUGUGAUGUUAUAAUUCUCAACAAUUUAAUACGCAAGAAGGCCUCUGAGAUGCCUUUCCUCACCAGAGAAGAGAGCACUGAAGACCACUACUUCUGCAGCACUGAUUGCUUCAUGCAGCUGGCCCUAACCCACCACUCACCUGCAAUAUCUCAGGAUAAGGCCGCAGCUGUAGUAGACCAUCUCUCACAGUCAGACCCAAGCCCUGUGAAGAAGUCCAGAUUGUCUGUGGAUGCUGAUGUUAAGAAAAAGGUGAAGCUAGAGAUCAAGGAGGAACCAGCCGCUAAAAUGGAAGUGAAUCUACAGAUAGUGAAAAAGGAGGAGCCCUCUGUAAUAGUGAAAGAGAAGCCCAAACUGAAAGGAAUCAAGUACAGAGUUUGGACCUCUAAUACAGUUCCUCCUCCGAUGGCAAAGCACAAACGUCCAACAGACAAGGAAAUGACUGAGACCCUCUUCCGAAUGGGGAUUACUGUCAUGCCAGCAAAAUUGCCUGACGACACAAGGGUGUGCCUGUUCUGUCAUCAGGUUGGGGAUGGUGUAGCCGAUGGACCGGCUCGCCUACUAAACUAUGACGUGGACAAAUGGGUGCAUCUCAACUGUGCGCUAUGGUCAGACGAGGUGUAUGAGACCGUGAACGGAGCCCUGAUGAAUGUGGAGACUGUGUUACAACAGUCACUAACUGCCAACUGCUGCCUGUGCAACCGUGCCGGCGCCACACUCAAGUGCUACAAGUUACGCUGCAGUGUCAUGUACCACCUCCCCUGUGCCGUCAAGGAUCAAUGUGUAUUCUACAAGAACAAGACAUUGUACUGCAACCUACAUGUGCCGAAGAACGAUAAAGACAAUGAACUUACAACAUUGGCGGUGUUCAGACGAGUAUACAUUAAUCGAGAUGAGAACAGACAGGUGGCAAGUGUGAUGCAUCACACAGAGCACAAUAAUGUGAUGCGAGUCGGUUCCAUGAUCCUGCUGAACAUCGGUCAGCUGCUACCACACCAGCUAGCAGCCUUCCACACACAGAACUAUAUCUACCCCAUUGGAUACAAGAUUGUUCGCUUCUACUGGAGUAUGCGUGUCAGCAACAAGCGAUGCCGGUACAUCUGCUCCAUACAUGAGGCCAAUGGCAGACCGGAGUUUAGAGUUCUUAUUCAGGAGCCUCAGCAGGAAGACAUAGAACUGCGCGACAUCUCAGCGCGCUCAGUAUGGGUGCGUGUGCUAGAACCAUUGGCUGCGCUGCGCAAGGCUAGUAACAGUGUCCAAGUUUUCCCACGGUUCGUGUCUGGUGAAGAUUUAUUUGGUCUUACUGAACCAGCUAUUGUUCGAGUCCUAGAAAGUUUACCAGGAGUGGAGACUUUGACAGACUACCGGUUCAAAUACGGGCGUAACCCUCUUCUAGAGCUGCCUCUAGCAAUAAACCCGAGUGGUUGUGCGCGAUGUGAACCUAAACCACGUGGCCAGGAGAAGUGGAAGCGUGCACACACACAGCGUACGACCAGUGCACAUCAGCGCACUAACUGUGUGGCUGUCAGUAGUGCACUAGGAGAAGCGUUCAGCCCUUAUAGCAAACAGUUUGUUCACAGCAAGUCCUCCCAAUACAAGAAGAUGAAGCAAGAAUGGAGAAACAACGUUUAUUUGGCAAGGUCCAAGAUUCAAGGCCUUGGCUUGUAUGCAGCCAGAGACUUGGAUAAACAUACAAUGGUAAUCGAGUACAUCGGAGAGUUGAUACGGACAGAGCUGGCUGAGAGCAGAGAAAAGCAAUAUGAAGCUAAGAAUCGUGGUAUAUAUAUGUUCCGGCUGGACGAGGAGAGGGUGGUGGAUGCUACAUUAAGUGGUGGCUUGGCACGGUACAUCAAUCACUCCUGCAACCCUAACUGCGUGGCUGAGAUCGUAGAGGUAGAACGUGAUGUACGGAUCAUUAUUUUCGCGAAACGACGCAUCAAUCGUGGAGAAGAGCUUGCUUAUGACUACAAGUUUGACAUUGAAGAUGACCAACACAAAAUUCCAUGCAUGUGUGGAGCUCCGAAUUGCAGAAAAUGGAUGAACUAAAAUAGGACAGUCGUGUUCUACAAGUUUGCCUAGUAGAAAUCGUUAUCGUAAAUGAAGUAUUUUUUCUACAACAGAUCAAGAAAUAUUAAUUGUAAAGAACAUUUGCUACGAUUUUUAUUUGUAUAUACUAGAUCACUUGUUAUUUUUUAGAUUUAUUUUUGUUUUACUCAUUAUAUGAUAUAUUACGAUCA